AAUAUCUCCGAAAACAUCCGAUUGCUCCCAAACCCGUGCGGUAAAAUCCCGGAAAUGUCCGAAGUGGCUCGGAUCUGUGGGAAAUAAAACUGACUUAGUAAGGUGACGCUUCCCGCAAGCUAGAUCGGUGUGUAAUUAGGUGUUUUACAGACGGGAGUAGAAAAAAAAUUAUUCGGGAGUAGAAAAUUGUUUCCAGCAAGUUCCGCCAUACUAGCCCACACCUGUAUAAACAAACCGUUUGAUGACAUCACCUUCAAAUUAUAUGGUCGUAAAUCUUCUAACACUGUCAUCAAUAUAUUUACCGAGUGACGGAGUUACGUAUCAGAACUUUAGGCCUAACCACAAUCUCUUAACUAUUUGUUUUUUAAAAAAUUGAACUGAGGUGGCUUUUACUUGAUGAAAAUCCAUUUAUCAAAACAAAUAGGAACUAAAAGUUCAGAUUUUAAAGAAAUUAUAUAUUUAUACAUGACAAUUGUGUCUUUAUCAAAUGCGACAAAGACUCGGUGUCAUGUCAAAAUAUAUAAUUUCGUGAAAAUCUGAACUUUUAGUUCUUAUUUAUUUUGAUUUGUUUUUUAAUUGAGAAACUUUCGUAUAGAGAUUUUUUUCGUGAUUUUCAGGGAAACAGGACGUGAUGCACCGCCCCUUAACCAGUAAUCGGCUACUGCACACGUCGACGUGAAAAUCUGCCUUACUCCGUUGCGUUCGCGGUUUCCGAACGUUUGACCGCUUCCGCGAUUGUCAAUUCGCGAUUAUAGUUCGCAAUGGUGCGGCGAAGGCAAAGGCUAAGGACGCAUGCGAGGACGGCGGCGUCGCGGACCGUCGACUGGCGUCGGUGGCGCCCUUCUCUCACACAGUGUGCGGUCGUCGAGCCAGGCGGUAACAUGCCCUGUGAACCACGAAGCUCGGCCGAAGACGACGACGACGACGCUGCUCCUACUUCCGGUCCUCGCCGCCCUCAACGGUGGCAUCCCGACGCACACCUCGGACACACCACUCUCAUUGAUAUUCUAAACUAGUUAGUGAACUAUCAGCUUGGUUUUUCCGUAUGGUUUCGUUAUUAAUUAACAUAAGCCGAUUCGUGGCACAGUUUCGGGUCAAACGGGUACUGUAAAUAGUGUGAUUAGGGACCAACAAAAUCAACCAUUGAAAAAACUUAAUUCGAAAUAUAAUAACGUUUGUAAAAAAAAAAUAUGGCACUCGUCAACGUGACUGUUCGGACGGCCGUUGCCAUGGAGGAGAUGUUGAUGCUGCUGGACAAUUCGACCGGCGUGAACGCUACCAACUCGACCGUGGCCGUACCACAUUAUCCCAGCGGAUACACUCUGCCCCAAAUAAUCGUAGCAUCGUUCGUAGUUACGCUCUUAAUGAUAGUCGUUGUCGUGGGUAAUAUGUUAGUUAUAAUAGCCAUAACGACGGAGAAGGCGUUGAAAAAUAUCCAGAAUUGGUUUAUCGCGUCGCUGGCCGUUGCGGAUUUUUUCCUCGGUUUGGUGAUAAUGCCGUUCUCGUUGGCGAACGAGCUGAUGGGUUAUUGGAUCUUCGGCGCCUGGUGGUGCGACGUUCACUCCGCCAUGGACGUUUUGUUGAGUACCGCCUCGAUCAUGAACUUGUGUCUGAUAUCGUUGGACAGAUAUUGGAGCAUCACCCAAGCGGUCGAGUACUUGAAAAAGCGUACCCCUAUGAGAGCGGUGUUGAUGAUCGGUGCCGUCUGGGUUCUAUCCGCUUUAAUAUGCAUCCCGCCGCUACUGGGGUGGAAGAUGGAGAGACCGACGGAGGAGCAAUAUCCCAAAUGUCAGCUGAGCGAGGAACUGGGCUACGUCUUAUACUCUGCGUUGGGUUCAUUUUAUAUACCGUCGUGCAUUAUGGUGUUCGUGUAUAUCCGAAUAUACUACGCAGCGAAAGCGAGAGCCCGAAGAGGUAUCCGAAAACCUCCGAGGAGACCGGCGCCGGACGCCCAGACAAGUUUUACAAAUUCUCCUGGCCGUACGACCAAAAACGGCACUGAGGCAGUAGGAGCUAGUGAAUCUGUCGAUCGUAACAGCAACAACUCACCGCGGGACGGUGAUCGACAAAUUGCUACGAUCGAAUCACAUCCAGUUCCAAUUCCCAUUCCAACCGUAACAUGCGACUUGGCUUCGGAUAUUUCAACCAGCGAUAACGCGGACAACCAAGGAGGAGAAACGCAAGAAGAAAAGGAUACACUCAAGGUCUAUGCCGGUGCACCGGUACCACGUAACCCAGCACUGGCCGCUUGCCAGUACCGUGGUUCGACGCUCUCCGUCAACGGCGAACUCCAGCAGCAGGCUGCUGCGUUGGCCCGUACGCGACAGCCAUCCAUGGGCAUAGACACCGACAUGGUCAGCGAAUUCGACCCGAGCAGUUCCGACAGUGGCGUGGUCGCGCAGUGCACGGCAGUGAAACCUUUGAAACUGCGUCUGUGCAAGCCGAUUUUCGGCCGCGCGAAACAGGCGAAAAACCGGCGGACUGACGACAAAAAGACGUUAAAAAGUAGUGAGGGCGACAGUAAACCGGUGGUGGAACACGUAGUGCCCCGCGUGCAAAAACCGAGGGACCCGGAACGCGAGAAGAAACGUAUAGCUAGGAAAAAAGAAAAGAGGGCGACGUUAAUUUUAGGACUUAUAAUGGGUUCGUUUAUAGCGUGCUGGCUGCCGUUUUUCUUUAUGUACAUAUUAAGACUGGCCUACGAUAUACCCCCGAUUGCGUUCUCGACGGCGUUUUGGUUAGGGUAUAUGAAUUCCGCGUUGAACCCCGUCAUCUAUACCAUUUUCAACAAAGAUUUCCGGCGAGCAUUUAGACGUAUCCUGUUCAAGUGAUGUUUAGCAUACGUGUGCUGCUACGAGUGCGUAAGUCGGCGGAUUCGAACUGCGCAGUACCGCAGCGCACCAAUAGGACUGUACAGAUUUUGAAUUUAUUCGGUUUUAAUUAGUGAACAAAUAAAUAAUAUCGUGCUGUGUUUAACAAACGACAAAACCGCUAUGCAAUUCCUGAAGCAGUGCUGUGAUUAAGUUUGCAAUCGACGAUAAGCUUUCGAAAACGCGAUUCCAUGGAGUUUUGGAAAAAACAAUAAUAAAAUAAAAAUGUUUGGUCUUCGUCGGGGUUGGCACUGACAGUAUUCAGUAUUAAAAUACCCCUAACGAUUUCUUUUGAGGAACUAAAACAUUUUUUUUUCGAUUUAUUACAGUAGCAAUAAAUAUUUUUUCUCAUAGCUUUUAAUAUACGAAAAAAGCAAAAAUACGUUACUACGCGUCUUUUAUGUUUCGACACUGCCUUUCAGUGGAACAAAAUUGUAUUUUCCUCCAAAGCCUAGGCAUAAAUUCGCGUAUUCCAUUUCAUAUUUGUUUCCAAUUGUUUUUAGCGUUCGAAAUUUGUAACUCCCCAAGGUACAUUGAUGAUGUUUACGCUGUUGCGAAUGAAUACUGCGCAGAGCAAUAAAUCCGAUAAUAACAGCUAACGAACUGGUCGUUUGUGAAACACGGUCGCACUCUUAUUAUUCUGUCGACAAUCCUCAUCUUAUAUUAUUUUUAUUCAUGUUUAAUGGAGACCAUUCUUAUUGAUUCUCUAUAUUUAAAAAAUUUAGAUUAUUUUAAAAACCAAAGUGGGCAGUUUCAAUGACUCUUUUUUUCUUUCUAUGUACUAUAUUAAAUUGCGCUUUUGACUGUGGCAUAUCAUUUUAGUCUUUCAUACGAAAUUUGAUCAAUAUCAUUGCUUUUUUUCAUAAGGCAUUAAGAAUUUUUAACGUGUUGUUCACGUUUAACCAAGACAUAUCGACAGCUUUAUUGCAUCUAUUAUAUUUUUGAAACAAUCAAAAUCUGCACAAAAUCAAAAGCUGACAAUAAUAUAAACAUUCGUAUGACACUAGGUUUUAGAAGAUGAUCUAAAUUGCCGAAAAAUAUUAAAAAUGCUACAAAAAUUAAAUCUGCGUAAUAUAACAAAUAUUUAACGAGCUAAAUUCACAAUGACGCGUGCCUGAAUAAGUACUCUUCGAUUGGCGCUGAUGUCAUUUGUUAGUUUUCAUUAGUUUCAAAAAUUUGCUGCUGCUCCCCUAAUUCAUAUUAUUCAAAAUUGUCUCCCAUUCAAUCCUCGUUUCAAAUAGAAAUAUUACUUGAUUAUCCUUUUUUUCUGCCAAUUCUUACUGCUACUAUCUCGAAACAUUCACUCAUUUGCAGGAAACUGCCUAAUAAGCGACGUCACGAUCUAGUAUAGCUUAAUGAAACAAUCUAAAACAUGUUUUUGCAAGAGGUUGGCUGCUGGGAUCAGUAGCUAUAUAGAAUUCUAUCUUUUUCUCUUCUUGAGUUAAUUUUACCAACUGCACGGAUUUUCGGACUCAUAGUCCCACUGCAGGUGCAAACUUAAUGAUCAAACUGCUUUAUUGUAAUUUUAUAUAUUUAUUUAUUUAAUAAAUGCAAAUUACAUUUUAAAUCGAAACAUUUUAAAUAGGAAAGUCAUAAAACUGAUCGCCGAUUUAUUUCUCUAGAGCAUUUUACGAUCGUCAUUAAAUUACGACUUUAAUCCAGUUUCGGUGAUGUCUUUAAAACUAACGUCGUUAGUUCAUUUUAAUAAGAGGGAGAGCAAUUAAUUAUCUUGCUUUUUCUAAUAUAAUUCAAAAAUGCGAUUCCACAUAGGAAAUAAGCUUGUCGAUGUUAUCAGCCAAAUUUAAGAGCAAUCUUAAACACGGACGCAGUUCACUAACGGGUGUGCUAUUUUCUGGCAUUUUUUUACAAAAGCAUCAUGAAUCAAUGCUUCUGAUUAUAAAUUUACGGUUGUGCAACAAUCAGUGAUCCUGUAUUUCAAUAAGCGACUUUAUCUGAAUAUUCAUUAUGUUUACACAUAUUAAGCAUUUAAGUUUUUUUUUUAUUCCAUUUUAAAAUGACGACAAGAAAUCUCUUAUUUAGGGUCAACAAGUGUUUAUUUCUAAUCUAUAGGUACUCAUUCUUAAUUGUUUUUGAGCUUGCGAUUUGGUUUAAAAUAAAUGUUACAAUCAGAAUAUCUCUAAAAUGGAGUGUUUUACCGAAAUAAAUGAAGUUUAUAUUUUUAUUUAGAAAUCGUAACUCGUAAUCGUAAUCUAUAAAUUCAAAAAGCCCCUAAUCAAAGUUUUUAUGUCGAUACCUAAAAAACAGCUUGAGCUACAGAGAAGUUAGAAUUUCUUUAACUAAAUUAUAACACCCAACAUCUUAUUGAUCGUGUCACAUUCCAACCUCUUUCUUGGCCUCUUGAAGUGGUUUAAUAAACUGAAUGAAGGAUAAAUUCUAUUUUUAUUCAGCACAAAAGGCGACUGUAGUACAAUAACGUAUUGCAGAAUCCACUGCUACACAAUGUCUUAUUUUUAACAAUUUAAUUUUUAUUUUUUAAGACUUCUUAAAAAUUGCCGUUUGACUUUAGGGAAGCUUGAAAAAUAUUUUGUUUAAGCCAUAUAAUCGUACAUUUUGUCCAUGUUCAGUGAGGGCAUAUUAGUUUCUUUUGCUGGCGCUUUAACAAUUCAAAUGUCCAAAUGUAGCGUCAGCCAUCAAUAAUUGUCAUUAUGAGUUUAAUGUCACGAUUAAUGCGCGGAUGCGAGAUAAAUCUACAAUUAGGGAUUAGUUUAAUUAGGCUAAUUGCUGGUAGGAUUACGAAGUUAGGGCACGUAAGUUUAGCUAAACUAAAUGCAAUACUAGUCAUCUAAAUAAACCCGCAUUUGCCAUUUCGAAGUUGCAAGAUUGAUUUUGCAAUUAGCAUUUUGGUUGUGCCGGAAAUUGCGAUUUGAGAAUGUUCUCUUGCUUACUUGACACAGUUUUUCUUUUGUGUUUCAACUGACGUGAAAUUCCUUUCACUUUUGCAUAUUUUUUCCACAAAUUUAAUGGUAAUUUUAAAAAAGCAGCUGUUGCUAUUAAUUUUUUCUCUGCGUUUUGUGAAUUGAAAGAGGGCAUCCGCCAUAGUGUCAAGAAUUUCAUUUUGAGAUUUUGUCUAUUUCUGAGAGCCGUAGAAUAACCAGGAUGAAGAACAAAGAAAAAAAGUUUGUUUGUACCGUGACUGUGUACUGUUUUUUACCAAAUUAGUGCAUUAUAUUUUUUAAUGUUUUAAUUAAGUUAUCAAUGGAUUUGGCUAAAAUAAAUCUGCAUUUUUACAUAAACAAAAUUUAAUUUGGGUGUGUUUGGUUGGUUUGUCAAGCAAUUCGGCUGCAUUGCGACUGUCCAUUUUGGAUUUAUCUAAUUAAAAUAAAUAUGGAGCAAUGACUACCACUGUGAUAAUAUAACGCUUUUAUUCUGAAAUUUAUAGUAAAUAGUUUUACCUUUAAAUUGGAGAGUUAUUAAUAAUUACGUGUUAAUGAACAAAACAACUAUUUGAUGUUUAGGAUAAUGAUUUUUCUCUUGUAAAUAUUUAGGUGAAUAUAUUGUACUAAUAAACUUUAAUUAUAUGAAAUUUUAAUACUUUUAAGUUUUAUACGGUGAGAGCGACGAGUCUCGUCCAAAUAAUUGUCUGUUUAUGGUGGAACCUGGGUGUGCGGCGGUUUGUCGAUCCUUCGAAGUUCAUGAUAUGACACCCAAAUAUUCAAUGUGUUAUCAAACUUUCAAAUUUUGCUCGCCUCUCGUUACUAUUUUGGAUUGUUUUGCUUUGUUAUGCUUUGGUACAUACGAAAUAAGUAUGUUCAUGAUAUUUAUAUAAUACAAUAUAGCUGUAGUAUAAUUUAGUUAGAUAUUCGACCGAAAAUUUGUGUCUGAAUUAAUUUUCCAUUUGACAAAUUUUCUGUUGUCUCAGCGAACAAGGAGGAUAAAUAUUCAAAGACAAUUAAAUGGAAAUACCAGUAGCCAUAGUGAUACAAGAAGGACUGGUCAUCGAUCGACUGUGUAUUUUUGAACAAUAAGGAGAUAGUAAAUAACCUGAACCCCAUUUAACUUUGUAUUGCAUAUAAUUUCGACGAAAAUGGAACUCUUCAUUACAGUUACAAUUACAAUUAACCACUUAACAUAUUUUUGUGCGACAACUGACCCCUUAGCAAUUUCGUUCUUCGUUCUUUCUUUUCUGCCCUUCUUUUGUCGUCUAAUGGGGUAACUAGGUAAUUGACAAUGACAACUACGCCAGACCUACAGACACGGCCUAGGAAAUCUCUCUGCAAAUUAUGUCCUCGUCGCACCGCCAUAUUCGCUUACAAUUAAAAGGGCAUUAACGAUCCGCCGGCAAACUACUAAUUCCGCUUAAUUAGUUAAUUUAAAAUCCCGCAGAAAAUUAAACUUUUACGAGGCGGAGGACGACGACGACGACGAGCUCCGGUAUCCGGAAAAAUAGAGAAACGGACCGGACUCUUUCAAACAUUUAAUAAAAUUCCAAUAACUUCGACAUUCCGUGUAACAUAACGGCGACGUAAAAUUUUGUUAUUUCGUCUUUUUGUUCUCUGUACGGCUUUCGGGACGCUGCGGAAACUGCCAUCCCGACGGGCCGGUCGUCCAGUGGCGUCGCGAUCGAGGGCAAAUUUUGGAUUUCCUUUGAGACACUUUUUUAGGAAAUGUUCCACCGUUUCUGCAUUUUUGUACGACCGGUAUAUUUGAAUCCGAUUAAAACGUUCUAUGCCAUCUAAUUCUUACUAUCGCUAUCUCGGCACGUGUCCUCCUCCAGAGAUCUUUACUGAACUCCCUCUUCAAAAAAAAGAUGCUUUCUUCUUCACUGACAGUGCGAAUUUAAGAUCUUCUUCGUUGCUGGGUUCUAAUGUUUACAUAAUGUCGUUCGGUAUUCUACCCUCUCCUCUUCAGAAGUGCAUUUCUGCGACAUUUAGUUUUUUUGUGAGGCCAUACUUCAGAGCUACAUGUUAUUGCGCUUCUUACCAUGGAUUUGUAAAUCAAUUUAUUUUGUUAUCUAUAUUUAUGUUUUUGUCCCAUACUGUACUGCAUUUGUUCCUUGAAUGUUUCUUUCAACUAUGUAAGCUUUUUAAAUUCCUAGUACACACUCUGUCCAUUUCAAAACAAGCAGACAGUCUCAAUGAGGCAAUUAAACUUUAUCAAUUAAUUUUUCAAUGAGAAUGACAAUGGCAUUGUCAAUUACCAAGGAAAUGAAUCAAAUCAUCAAACAUCCACAUAAACGUUAUAUAAAUAUGAAUAUACCAGACCGAAAGAUACAUUUCGAAACACUUUGAAUUGAAAAUAUCCGAGUCUUAUGGUAUUGGCUGAAAAUGUCUCCUUUCAAUGAGCUUGUUAUUUGAUAUUAUAUUGUUGGUCGGGUUUAUUUGUUCUCGUCUAUAAGUAAUUUAUUUACACAAUUUCCAGGUGUAAGUCUACAUUAUUACCAUUUAAUGAAUUCAAUUUUAUAAUUCAUAACCCUGCUGUACAAGCAAAAAUUGAUCGCUUAUCUCGACUUCCCCAAAACUAAAAGACAAUAUUGUCAAUCACCUGAAAUGACUUAAAAAAUCUAUUCAAAUGCUGUCAAUAAGCAGUAAGCUAUCCAACUACUACUAAUGGGUAUUUUUUAAUUUUACGUAAAUCGAUUACGAAUGCUACGCCACUGUCGAUCGGCGAUAUCUCCGAAUUUCGGACAUUAGCGAUGACCAGUUGCUAUUUGAUCAAUAAACGCGAGUGUUUGUAGCGGAUCCUGAAAUAUGGCUAUACGAAAGAGUAAUUUUAAGCUCAGAAGUCUCAUUGAUUCGAAGAUUAUUUUCACUGACGCGAGAAGCAAAAGGUCAUUCUCUUUUUAGGUAUACGUUUUUAGCGGCCGGGUGGCGGAUAAAUUGAUAAUAAACGUAUGAAUCGAUAAAUUCGUCGGAUUCGUGGCCUUUUGUGUUUAGAUUUUCUCAUUUUCGAAGGCUGCAAAACCCCCACCAGAAGUAAGAUAAAGCGUCGAGUCUCUACCGUCCCCAGAAUUUAAUUCCGUUUUAUGGGUUUUAACACAAAUAAGACUACAAGUUUUUACAUGUGAUAGAAAUGAGGAAGACCUCCUUUGAAACAAGGAUUCGAGGAAAAAAUCCAGGACCCAAGAAAAGUUUAUUUUUAAUUUAUUAAUAAACCAUUCUGUUUUAACUUUUCCAUUUUAAAAUUAUUUUCCUAAAUAAGCUUUGAAAUAAUUAUUUUGUACUACAAAAUACCGAGCUGUUGGAAAUUUUAAUUAAUUUUUUUAUUUAUAACUUACUCUGUUCAAAAAAUGAUUGUAUGAUUUUUUGUUUUCCUAAAAAUAUAAACGUUUAUUUUUUUUUUCACCAUGAAUGCAACAGAUAAGCUAAUCUAAAAAAGUUUUUGUCACUUUCGUUUCAUCUAUUUUUUUGCUAAAAAGUCGGGUCAGUAAUUAGUUAUUUCGGAAAUUGUGGCAAAACAAAGCAAAAUACCAAUGCAAACUAAACAAAAUGCCCGCAACUGGGAGUCUAAAAAGUUCGCUUCAACGUGUUUUGCACUGCCCACCGAUUUGUUCCACUCAAAACGCCAUUUAAUUUUAAGGCGAAUCGCCGCCGUCACCCAGAACAAAUUAAAUGGAGCCGAUUAUGAUUGGAGAGUGUUUAAAAAAUUUGACUAGAAUAGACACCAAUAUAUCAAAACCCCUAGAGGCCGAUCAUUCUCUUGUUAUACUCCCUGGACGCUAUAAUAUUUUUCCAACAAAGUACAGUAUGUCCCAGAUGAAAUUACGUAUAUGGGAAUAUUGGAAACCCCACGAGAUGCAAAGUGCGUUAAUUGGAAGCAAGGUUGGCAUUCGUAUGAGCGGUAUCUUAAAUGGGUACCAUUCAAUUCUGUAAAUACAGAGUAAAGAACUAAAUUGUAGGUUUUACAAAAAAUUCCAAAUUCUACAAAUAUUUGAUUUGAAACUUUCUUACCUGCUACCGACUUUGUAUUUCCUACAGUUCGAGUUAUGUCAUUUUAUACGGGAUACGCUUUAUAACAAAGAAGUACAUUUGUUGCCUUUGGUAAAGUCUCUAGGGGGAGUCUUCCACGAGGGUCGCGCCAUCGGGUUGUUCUUUUAGAUUUUUUGAUUAUUCCUUGUGCAACGAAACUAUUGGUGCUAAUUGACUGGUAGAUAACCGGAACUAGGGUUAAUCACAGGUAGCCGUGGUUCCGGUACCGAGACAACCCGUGUCCGACACGGUACCGAAAACGCUCGAGCCCGCGUCUUCGGUACCCGAGGCCUGCGCAGCCCUACUUAUCUUGUUACGUCUUUAGACCUAUUGUUACAGAAAAGAACAUUUAUUGCCGCUAUAAAUACUGUCCUAAAUUUGUGUGUGUAAGUUUUCCGUGGACACUAUUACUACUAUCAAAUUGUAAGAUU